GAUUCAAAUAAAUCGAUAGGCCGUAAUAUCUGACAAGUGUCAACUAAAACUGAGGAACAAGGAAGUGAUUUUAAAGUUUAUUUGUGGGUUUGUUGUUUGCCCUAGUGUUUAAACAAGUGGUUGCAGCCAUACGAUUGCUAGAACGAUGACCAUGGGAGAUGAGACACCAGUUACUUCUCUUGUUUUGCCAGUUUUAAUACGCCCCAUUUUGUCCCAGUUAGAGCGACGUGAUGUGGGAGCUUCACAAACUCUUCGUGCUGCUCUUUCCAAGGUUGAAGCAGCUCAUCCAGGUUUCACAUAUGAUUUCGUUGUUGGUAUCAUGAGACGUGGUGAAUUAAGCAUUAACAUGAACGAGAGUGUACUACGUCUUCAGGGGAGCACUUCGGAAGCAGAUGUGGUUGAAUAUCGACUUACACGAUCAGAGGAUGCAUUCCAAGAACUAAAUCGUAAGUCUGCUGCGUUGAAGAGAAUAUUGAGCAGAAUUCCAGAUGAAAUUACUGACCGGAAAACUUUUUUGGAGACCAUCAAGGAAAUAGCUAGUGCUAUUAAGAAACUUUUAGAUGCUGUGAAUGAAGUAGCAGGCUUCAUCCCUGGUAGCACAGGGAAGCAAGCAUUGGAACAGAGGAAAAGAGAAUUUGUUAAAUUCUCAAAACGUUUCAGCAACACAUUGAAGGAAUACUUCAAGGAGGGACAAGCAAAUGCAGUUUUUGUUAGUGCCUUGUACCUAAUACAUCAGACUAAUAUGAUAAUGGCAACAGUGAAGAGCAAAUGUGAGUGAAAUGGUACACAUGGAUUGAUUGCAUCUGCUGAUCAAUCAGGAUGUGAUGAAAGUAUAUUAAUUUAAUUCAACAAAAGUCUGUCUGUGCUGUAUACUUAAUUUUAAAUUUCAUUUUAUAUUUAAGAGAUAUCUGUGUUUAUAUUGCAGAGGUAACUGCAGUCUUCAGAAAUACUGCAGAAAUUUAAUUCCCAUGCCAUUAUUUUUGUACUAUAGUAAGAUGAGAGAAGUACCACAACACUACUAUAAAGAAUUAUGUUGUUGACAAUUGCUCGGAAGUGUGAAAUAUCAGUUUACAAGAUUUACUUCAAAAUAGAAAGAAUUUAUGAAAAUAAUAAAUGUCAGUUUCUUCAUAGCAAACAGUACUUUGUGAUAAUAGCUGUAUAUACCAGACUUAUUUGUGGCUGUGUUGCUUUCAUAUAUGUUGAGAUGCCCUAUGUAGAAAGCUGUCACCCAUAAGUUGUAUCAGAUACUAGAAGUGUUAUGGGUUUGUGUUCAAAUGAUAUGUAUUUGUUAGUUUUUAGUUGUAAAAUGCAACAAAAAAGAUAUUUAUUAGUAUUCAGUCUGUACCAUCAGUUUGGUUAGUUGUAGAGUACUUAGAUAACUGUUUUCUGCUGUCAUUUAGAUGCAGUGUGAAUUCUGUAAAGAAAAAGCUAUGAAUGAUAAGUAGAAAGACAGUUUAAUGUACCAAUUGUAUAUAUUUCACACUGUUGUGUUUAGAUACAUUUUAAAUAAUGGUUGUGGUUCUUCCAUUUAUAGAUAAAGAUGUUUUAUCCUUAAGAACCAAAGCUGUUUGUACAUGUGUUAAUUACUCUGUAACUCACAGAGUAAGAAUAGAAUUCUAUCUCAACUGCCUGUCAUCCCAUAGGGAAAAUAAUAUGGCAUAUUAUAUAAUGCAAAGAAGUAAGAUAUUUUGUAUCCUCGAAACUGUGAGAAAGCAGAUGUAAUACUGAAGUGUAGAUUAUCUUAACCUUUUGCUCAAAAAUAUAAAUAUUUAUUUAAAGCUA